GCUGUGAACCACCUGGCUCAAGAGGCGAGAACUCGAACCGUUAGAGGAGAAAAGCCAAGCUCUGACUGACUUAGACGUCUCUGUUUCGUGGCUUCGCGAAGUAUCGCUUUUGCGAUAUGCGAAAUGCUAUCGUUCAGUUGUAGAUAACAGUAUCAAUUUAGAUCUGAAAGUUGGUGGACUGCAGUUAACAAGUCACAUCUGGCUAAAAUAUAAAGCUACACGUGGAGCGAAAGACAGCCGUUCCAGAAAGUGGGUCCUUGGGAAUCAUAUGCAUUCCAUGCCAGUCAUAUUCCUCUGAUCCGUGUGCAAAGCUCUCUCUUCUGCCCGUGGUUCUGAAAGACUGUCUUUGUCUGGCUGCCUGUGAAGAGCUGAACACAUCUACUCUGGCACCUGCCCCUGACACCUCUCCACCAUGAGUGCCAAAUCAGCCAUCAACAAGGAGGUCUUCACCCCCCAAGAUGAGAAGAUGCUUGUGGCUGUACAAGUGAAAAGAAGGACCAAGAAGAAGAUUCCAUUCUUGGCCACAGGGGGACAGGGAGAUUACGUUACCUACAUCUGCCUAUCAGUGACCAACAAGAAACCCUCCCAGGUGUCUAUCACGAAGGUCAAACAGUUUGAAGGUUCUUCGUCUUUUGUCCGGAGAUCGCAGUGGAGCAUCGACCAACUUCGACAGGUGAACGGCAUCGACCCGAAUCGAGAUUGUCCCGAGUUCGACCUCAUGUUUGACAACGCCUUUGACCAGUGGGUCGCAGGCUCCGCCGGUGAGAAAUGCACAUUCGUUCAGGUCCUUCACCACACCUGCCAGCGGCAUAGCACAGACAGGAAGCCAGAAUUUGUCAACUGUCAGUCCAAACUGCUUGGAGGUAACAGCAUCCUACACUCUGCAGCUGACAGUGUGAGCAGUGCUGUGCAAAAAGCCAGUCAGGCCCUCAACGAACGCGGCGAACGCUUGGGUCGCGUGGAGGAGAAGACCGGCGACAUGAUGAACAGCGCUCAGCAGUUUGCAGAUACGGCACACAAGUUGGCCAUGAAACACAAGUGUUAAACCAUUGCCAUAUCCUGGAAGAUCUGCCAACGGCGCCUUCCACUUGUACAGUGGCCCGAAUUUCACAUUUUAUCGUUCUUUUUUAAAAUGUUUUAAGGUUUUAACAAGAUCAGUAUUUUAACUAACAACUGUUGUCAAUUUUGUGGUCCACCUGAGAUAUCUGUGCCCUCGAGCACUGAAGAUUUGAAUGCGCUGAAGAGAGAAAGAAAUAGUCUAUUCUACAGAGCCUUGAGUUUACUGAGAUCAUCUCUCCUUUCUGCCUCUCGUCAAGCACCAAAUAUCGGGGAAGUCUUGGGAGGGACUGUGACGCUGUGGGUUGGGAAGAUGGCGCACUGUGUUAGUGAGCCAUCAGACAGAAUUUCCUUCAGACAGACAAGUGUUCCUUUCUCAUUCUUUGUCACAUGUGUGGCAGUUUCAUUCUUGUUGAAGGGAACUAGGCUAGGACCAACUGUCUGUCUGCUUCAUUUCAGACUAGUAUUUUCAAAUACGCUUUCGAAGGUUGUAUGAUGAGUGUGAAGAGGGGGACAGUUGGUGAACAUUGUGUACAUCUGGAGGGAUGUGUUCAUUAACAGAUGUGCUUUAUUUCUCAGAAAGGGUCCCGACUAAAAUCCCCUCUCUAGUUUGACUGAGAAUUGAUUCUGUUGUCUAAUAUGGACACUGACAUGAAAGGAUGGAGUGACAUAGUGAAUACCAUCCAUGGUUUUGUGUUGUAGGCUGCUUGCAUUUCAAUCCACCAUGGACAAAAUAUCAAACUGCAUCAUAGUCCCUAAGACAUCUAAUUCAUUCUGCUAGUUACUAAUGAAGUUCAGGUGAUAACAUUUUAGUAGAAAUGAGAGAAACCAGUAACAGCCAUGUUAUUAAGGGAUACAGUAAGUGUCUUACAGUAAUUACUCGUAUAAUUGAAAGAGAUGUUCUUAUCAAUGUUAGACAUUUUCAUCCUUCUUUGAAACCAAAAGAGCUGUAAAGUGUGUGUUUUUUUUGUUGACUUCACAUGUUAAUGAGCCAAAUAUGAAUACUUGAUACAUGUAAAUAGAUAGUUAAAACCAACACUUUUUCUUUUUUCUGUUUUUUGCUUUCCUUUUGUUCUGAAAAAAUGCCAGUCAUUGCUUUGCCUCCUCAGAUCCUUCAAUUUCACUAGAGUCAGCAUUUGACAUGCUGAAAUUGGGUGUAAUGAUAUAUGAGCCGGAAGUAUAGAAAAACAUAUAUGUGAAAGAUACCAUAAGGGACUAGAGUUCUGAAGUGACUAACUGUAAAAUAAUUACCAUGCUAUACUGCCAUUUUAAAUGGAUGUUAGUGGCUGAAAAUGAUAACUCUGUUCUCAGAUCAGAUACGGUAUGUAGUGUCACAU